CAAACCCGAGGGGAAACUUUCUGGUACUGACGCGCCUCGAGAUGGUUUACAGGGAUGGUUCUUAGCGUGCUUUCGUCGGCCAAGCCGUCAGCUCCGACUUCCUCGCAGGAAACAGCAUCAUCGCCCUAAAUAUCCCCAGUCCCACCACCGCAACCAUGGGCGCCGAGAACUCGAAACCCUCGUCAGAGGUCAAGCAGCAUGUCUUCUCCUCAGAUCACCCCUACAGCUUCUCCAACGAACUCGUCGGAUCGCUGCAGAAGAACACUUUCACAGACUCGGCGCGAUCAAGACAGCAGGAACUCCAAUACCAGGAACGCCUAACCGCCGAGCUCGAGAAGCUGCGCGAGCAAGAGACGCAGAACUUCUCCAAGUUCAGCGAAACCCUCUCCGGAGAGAGUCAACAGUCGGAUGAGCCCUCCCUGGUCGAGAAGAUCCAAGAUGCGACAUCCAGCAGUUCAACCCUCGCCGAGAAGCAACGACAAAAGGACAUGAGCAGGGACAGUGUCACCAAGGAGAUUGAGCAGCUCAAGGCCAAGUUGGAGCAGAGGAAGAAGCUGGAACAGGCCGAUGCCGACGUCACAAAGGCAAAGGAGGCUGUCGUCUCAUGUCUGAGGACCCACGACCGACGACCGCUGGAUUGCUGGAAAGAGGUCGAGACCUUCAAGCACGAGGUCGGCCGGCUGGAGAAGGAGUUUGUACAAAAGACCAUCCGAUGAGUUAUGCCGAGCAAUCGACCUUUUGGGGCUGGGGGGAAGGCGCCCUUGUAUAGUUGGGUUUGGUAGGAUAUAGCAUCCUGCGGCAUUUCUUAUCUUCAAAUCCUUACUUUGUCUAUUACCGUACCUUGCGCCUUGCUACGCACACCGCAAUUAUACCAACCCCUUGGGACUGGGCGGGGUGCUCUUACCGCCUUGCUCCUGCCACCACAAGCCACGUCUAUUUCUACAGACUACUCCUCAUAUUUUUCUCCC